AUGGUAGAUGCGAAAGCUCGACAGGAUUGUAUCAAAGAAAUUGACCUACUUAAGCAGCUAAAUCACGUGAAUGUAAUCCGCUACUAUGCUUCAUUUAUCGAGAACAAUCAGCUGAAUAUCGUUCUUGAACUGGCAGAUGCCGGUGAUCUAAGCCGCAUGAUACGGCAUUUCAAAAAGAGCCGACGUUUAAUUCCGGAACGUAUCAUUUGGAAAUAUUUUGUACAAAUCGUACGUGCUUUGGAACAUAUGCAUUCUAAGCGAAUUAUGCAUCGAGAUAUCAAGCCAGCAAAUGUGUUCAUCACAGCGGAUGGUAUAGUGAAACUUGGCGAUCUUGGUCUUGGUCGAUUUUUCAGCUCCAAAACAACUGCUGCUCAUUCGUUGGUUGGCACACCAUACUAUAUGAGUCCCGAGCGAAUUCAGGAGAGCGGCUAUAAUUUUAAAUCAGACCUCUGGAGCAUUGGAUGUUUGCUAUAUGAGAUGGCAGCACUACAAUCACCAUUCUAUGGCGAUAAAUUGAAUUUAUAUUCAUUAUGCAAAAAGAUUGAAAAUUGCGAAUAUCCUCCCUUACCUGCUGAUAUCUACUCACAACAGGUUAAUUUAUUCGAAGCCAAUCUUUUGUCGAAUUGCACUAGUGAAUUGCCUAACUGA